CUGAACAUCGAACACCCGAAAUACUUACUAAAUCUAACGAAAUUCAAAAGCUGAAAGUCAAACGUGAAAAAGAAUCAUACUAUAAUCCAGAGCUUUCUGAAAAAGCUCGAGAAGCUGGAAAUGAACUUUUCAAAAAAAAUGACUUUGCAGGCGCCGUGCAACAAUACACAGAAGCGAUUAAACGUAAUGAGAACGAUCCAAAAUCUUAUAGUAAUCGCGCUGCUUGUUAUACAAAACUAAUGGCAUUCCAAGAAGCAUUGAAAGACUGUGAGACUUGUAUUAGUCUUGAUCCUACCUUUGUUAAAGCCUAUAUUAGGAAGGCAGCGGUAGAGUUUUUAAAGAAAGAUUAUUCAAAAUGUUUAGAGACUUGUAAAACCGCGCUGAGCUAUGAUACGGAAAAAAAACAUACAUCAGAAAUUCAAGGGCAUAUGAGAAAAUGUCAAGAAGCAAUGUAUCAAAACAGUCCAGAAAGUGUAGAAGAGACAAUUCGCAAGGCUACUAGUGAUCCAGAAAUAAUGGCAUGUACACCAAUGAUGAAUUUGAUAAUUUUACAACAAGGCCAGGAGGAUCCAGGUGCCUUAAGAGAACAUCUUAAGAAUCCUACUGUGAAAGCAAAUAUCGAAAAAUUGAUGAACGCUGGCAUUUUGAGGACUUCUUAA